ACAGUAUUCCUGCUAGUGUGAUUCACAGAAGAGUGUCUUCGUUUUUCUCGAGCGCGUGACUCUACCUUGUAAAAAAGUUUUUCAGUUUUUAUAGCUUAUAUAUUGUAUAUUGAACAGUUUUAAUACACAUAUAUUAUUUUCAUAUAUUUUUUGUAUUAAAGAAUUGUUCGAAAAUUGUUCACAUCUACUCUGCGAUAAUCAUCAAGUGUGACAAAGCAUUAUUCUCUUCAGCAAACUUGAGAUAAAAACGCAUAUAUUCAGUUAUUAUAGCGAAAAAUUAUUAAAUCAUGUUCGCCAUCAAGAGAAUUUCCUACGAAGAAGAAAAAAAAAAGAAUCCCGAGUUGAAGGAUUCCGACGUACAAAUUUUAAACGACUGGUGCAUGAAGCAGCCGCAUCUUCCGAAGAUCUUGGACGUCGAGUACGCGUUAUUUCUGCACAGCAACUAUUAUCAAAUCGAGCCUAGCAAGACCACCAUUGAGGCGUAUUACACAUCCAGAACUCACAUGACGGAGUUUUUUUCAGAUCGCGAUCCCCUCGGAACGAAGCAAUUGCGUGAGGCAUUUAAAAUUACGUCGCAGGUAACAUUGCCAAAGGCCACGAAGGAGGGAUACAAAGUCGUUUAUACGAGACUAAUAGAUUACGAUCCGACGCGCUUCGUUUAUAACGAUAUCAUGAAAUAUUUUGCCAUGGUGGUGGACAUGUGGUUGUACACCGAAGGGACCGCAAGCGGCCAUGUGAUUAUCAUAGAUAUGGAAGGUGUCACCUUUAGCCAUGCAGGCCGUCUCAGUCCUUUAGGAAUCAAGAAGUUUCUCUAUUAUCUGCAAGAAGCCAUACCGAUCAGGCUAAAAGGCUUGCAUUUCAUCAACACCAACGCGGUCAUGGAUAUCAUUUUGGCGAUGAUGAAGCCGUUUAUGAAGAAAGAAUUGUUGAACGUGCUGCAUAUUCAUACAACACCGAAAGAGACCUUGCCAAAAUUUGUGUCACUGGAAGUGUUCCCAUGCGAUAUAAGUUUGGUCGGGAAAGAGAGAUCGCUAAAACAGCUCCAAGAAGAGCAACUAAAAAGACUCGAAGAUCAUCGUGAGUGGUUUUUGAAAGACGAAGCAACGGGACGUGUAAACGAAGCUUUGAGAGUAGAUAAAAGCAAAACUAUAGACAAGUUCGGAGUCGAAGGAAGUUUUAAAAAACGAUAUAACAAAAAUACAAAGAGACAUACCGCGUGUUUUCUACCUCAAAUUAUAUUGCUUAUCUUAUUUAAUCACACGAAAGAGUUAAUCAUGAAUCAAACGAGGAACCUACAAGCAGAAAUUCCGCCUUAUUAUGUACCUUUGGAAGAAGAAUACAAGCGCAAUCCGGAACUCAAAGCCUCGGAUCUCCAAAUUCUGUUGGACUGGAUGGACAAGCAACCUCAUCUGCCCAAAAUACAGAUGUUCUAUCUUGUGUACUUUUUGCAUAGUAAUUAUUACUACUUGGAAGCGACCAAAAAGACGAUUGACAAUUUCUUCACCGCGCGGACUCACAUGCCGGAAUUGUUCUGCAACAGAGAUCCGAUCGGAUGGAAGGACCUACGGCAAACCUUCAGUGUUGUGGCGAUCGUACCACUGAAGCAGUUAACAAAGGAAGGAUACGUUAUGACAUUCGCCAAACUACUGGAUACGGAACCGACUAAAUUUAUCCAAAACGAGGCCAUCAAGUAUUUAUUUAUGACAUGCGAGACGCAAAACUUAAUGCAAGGCACCAAUCAAGGACAAAUCAUAAUCCUAGACGCCGCGGGUGCAAAGUUCGGACACGUCGCUCGCAUGAGCAAUCCAAUAAUUCUGAAGAAGUUGUUGUUUUACAUUCAAGAAGCCGCUCCGGUACGACUGAAGGCCAUUCACGUGCUAAAUAGUAUGUCAAUAGUGGACACGAUUUUCAACAUGAUAAAGCCUUUAAUGAAACCGGAACUGAUAAAUAUUGUACAUUUCCACACAAAUAUGGAAACGGUGAAGAAUUAUCUGCCUAUCGAGGGUUUGCCAAACGAGUAUGGCGGGAAAGCGGGAACUGUAAAUGAAUUAGUUGCCAAACACAUUAAAUUAUUAGAGGAAUUUCGCGAAUGGUUUAAGGUUGACGAGGAUAAACGAGUAAACGAAUCGUUGCGAGUAGAAAAAUUCGAAGGUGGCAACGAUUUGUUCGGCGUGGAAGGUAGCUUCAAGAAACUGGAAAUAGAUUAAUGUGUCAAUAUAGGUUUUCUUCUUUUCGUAAUAAAAAAAUUCUUCUUAUUUAUUUUUAUCACUCGGAAAAACAAGAUCACUCCAACAGCUUAUGUCAGAAAAGUAAACACAAUCUGAUUUUCCUUCUAAGACACAAAUUUCAACAUCAAACAGCUUCCAUCUAGAAGCAGAAUCUGAAAAUCUGUGAGAAGAGCAGCGAUCAUUCACGCAAAUGAUUCAAAAUGUCUCACAAGAACAGUUAUUCGAUAAUUGUUUUAUUGUUCACAAGUUUUAUCAUAUUAUUUCUGUGUGGGAAUAUUGUUGUAUUAUUUAUAAGUCUUUUAAACGGUGACUUAUAUAAAACAAUUAUAAAACAAGAAUACAUAAAUUGAUUAUUUUAUUAAUCCGACAACUAUGUCUCAUCGUCUCUGUAAAUAAUUAAUUCGACAACUAUGUCUCAUCGUCUCUGUAAAUAAUUAAUUCGACAACUAUGUCCCAUUGUCUCUGUAAAUAAUUGGGAUAAUAAAUAUGGCACAAUAAAUUAUGCGUAAUAACGAAAAUUAUGUGUAAUAACGAUAAUUGUUAGUAAUUAUUAGAAUAAAAUAAUUUUAAGAGAAAUAGAAAAAAAAGAGACAGAGAGAAGAGUCAAAGAAAAAAUUAUUAUAUAGUCGUUGACAUUUAGGUAUACAUAUACUUAUUAAGUCCUUACUUAAAUAGGUUUUUUACUUGUUUGUUCCUUAAAGAAUUCCGAACGAAGACGUCGGAAUCUUGACACGUGUCGCGAUCGCGGAAUGCUCAUACAGAAGCUAUAAUAAGCCACGCACGCGCUGCUCUAAUUACAAUCAGCUCACAAUACAAAUUAGAUUUGCGUAUUUUGUGCAGUACAAAAAAUAAAAUAUUUUAAAUAUAAUAUUUAAUAUAAUAUAAAUAUAAUAUUUCUAACACAAAAAAUUUGUAUAAGUACUUUCGGUCGUAUAUCGAAUUGUUGCUAUAUGAAUUGAGCUUUACCAAUAGCGAUGGCGAUCGUCACAUUGGAAGACGAGAUGAAAAAGAAUCCCGGAGCUGAAACUAUCGGACGUACAAUCGCAAACAACGUACAAACAUACGAUCGAGGAACUGGUGCGCGACAAACAGCCACACUUACCGAAGAUCGAGGACAGCUUUCUUGCAAUUUUUCUUCACAGUAACUAUUAUCAAAUAGAAGCAACGAAGAACACGAUCGAGAAUUAGGACUCACGUGCCGAAAUUUUUCUGCAAUCGAGAUCCACUCAGGGUGAAGGAGUUGCAACAAAUAUUUACGAUUUUGGCCACCCUGAUUCCGAAGGGAUCAACAAAGGACGGCUACAAAAUCGUAUACACCGCAUUAAUGGACACCGACUCAUCUAACUACGUCUUCAACGACACCGUCAAGUAUACGUCCAUGGUGUGCGACACGGUGUUUCUCACCGAGGGUACGAAUGAUGGCUACAUCUACGUUCUCAACGUGGCAAAACCUUUCAUGAAGAAUGAGAUAAUAAACAUGUCUCUUCACUUUGAUCUCGGGCUAACUGAAUUGUCGAGCCUGCCUUUCCGCCCGCCUCGUUCGGUAGCAUUUCCACCGGAAUAAGUUCAUGGUCUCUAUGAGCACAUGUGUGUGCAGUUAGAGUUCUGCUAUUGCUCCAGCCAUACAGAACAUUCAGCUGCUCCGUACCGAAAGGGAUAGUGGACAAUAUUUGAAGAAUAUUUUUUAGUGCAAUGCAUAUCUUCAUAGAUCUCAAAAGUUUCAUCGGUUUCUUUUUUUCAAGUAAAUUUUCAGGAGUUUGAAGGUGCCGUGCGCAUCGUUCCAGCUUGCUCCACCACGCUUAUAAUUUUUCUGACAAAACUGAUGUACAAAGAGAUGUAGAUAGAGCUUGCAAGCCGUUAAAAAAUCGACUUUUCGAAAAAAAAUGUAAUGUGUUUUACGAACAAUAUUUUUCUACUUUGUGUGUAUUUUUGCGCGUUAUUUUUGUGACUAACAUACGUAUACGGCUAUCUUGUAUUAUAAAUUUGAAAUGCAAAUUUUAUCUUGAGAACUAUGGAGUGUCAAUAUUAUUGAUACAUCUAAAGAAGCUAUAAAUGUAAUACAAGUAUGUGAUAUAAGUACUUAAUCUUUGACACCGUUCAAAGAUUACAUAUAAACUUAUAUGUAUAUUCCCACACAGACAUCCAUCCGUUCAGACAUUCAUUAGACAUCUGUUAGAUGUCGCAUGGAGCUGUCGACGUCUAGCAGACGUCUAAUGGAGUUUUUGUUCUGUGUGGGUUAUUUAUAUUUAUAAUUUUUUAUACAUGUAAAAAACAAAAAAGAUAUCAAAAGAAAGUAUCAAACGAUAUCAAUUUUCUGUAUGCACACUCGAGACCAUCAUAAAGUUACCUGUUUACAAAAUAAUUUUGUGCAAUUCCGUCAUUGGAACACAAAAACCAUUAUUAAAUUUUAACACCAGAACACUACUGAUGUUGAAUAUAUACCUAGUUUUGCUACAUCCGUUAACUUGACAAAUAUUUGUUGACAGAAAGACAGUGCUUUUAUGUUUAAUUUGUUUAUAAAACAAAAGUUAUAAUUGAACAAAAACAACAUUUAAAUCAAUAAAUUUAAAUCAUCAUUCAUCUUCAAUUAAAGUAAAAAAAUCUGAAAAUUGUCAGUUUUACGAGUUUUUGAUUCAUCUUUAGAAUUAAACACUAGUUAAAUACUACACGGAAAAAAAAAUGAUGUUGAAUCAACAGUGUCAGUUUAAUUCAAAUAUAUCCUGUUGAUGCAACAUCA